CAGGAAGACAUUCUCACAUAUAUCAGCUCAGCCAUUUCUCGCCACAAAAAAAGUGAGAAAACAUCUUUUCCUGGUCUUUUUCAGUCUGGAAAAAAUGAUUCAUGAUAAUAGUCCAAGCUGACCACAGCUGCCAUCCGCCUGGAAGAAUAAGCUACGCACUCUUCAGAGCCAACAUUAAAGCCAACGGGUGCAAGAAGAAACCAUGGCAACGCCCACAGAGCUGCUUGGAACUUUGGAAUAUUUGGCAGAUGAAGAGUUUAAAAAGUUCAAAUGGUUCUUGCAGCAGGCUGAUGUCUUGGAAGGCUUCCCAGCUAUCCAAAAGAGCCAGCUGGAGAACGCAGACAGGUUGGACACGGUUGAUCAGAUCAUAGAUACCUACAACAAAAAUGCAGUGGAGGUGACCAUACUGGUUUUGAAGAGAAUGAAAAAAAAUGGCUUGGUGCAGCAUUUAUUAAACAUCAACUCAACACCCAAAGAGACACUCACGGAUUGCCAACGUAAACUAAAAUCCAACCUCAGAAGGAAGUUUCAACUUCCACUUCAGCAAGCCACACAAUCUGGAAAGCAGAUAUGGAUGAAUGAGCUAAACAAUGACCUUCAUAUAAUGGAGGGAAAGUCUCAAAAGGUUGACAUGAAACAGGAUUUCAGCCAAACUGCAACAACAUCCAGCAAAACAGCCAAUCUGGAGCAGACUAUCCAUAUAGAAGACAUCUUUAAACCUUGCCCUGGUCAAGAUGAAUCAGUCAGAACAUUAAUGACAAAAGGAGUGUCUGGUAUUGGGAAAACUAUCUUGACACAGAAGUUUGCUCGGGAUUGGGCUGAAGACAAGGUGGACAGCGAUAUCGAGUUCCUCUUUCCAUUCACUUUCCGAGAGUUGAAUUUACUUAAAGACAAAAAAUUCAGCUGGGUGGAACUUCUCCAUCACUUCUUUGCUGAUACCAAAGAAGUGGGAACCUUUGAUAAACUCCAGAUUGCAUUCAUAUUUGAUGGUCUGGAUGAGUUUCAACUUCCUCUUGACUUUCACAACAACGAGAUCCUGACAGACAUUAAUGAGUCAGCCCCAGUGGAUGUGCUGCUAACAAAUCUCAUCAUGGGGAAGUUGUUUCCUUCUGCUUGUCUCUGGAUAACCACAACACCUGAGGCAGCCAAACAAAUCCCUCCAGAGUACAUUCACAUGGUGACAGAGAUGAGGGGGUUCACAGAUGCAGAGAAGGAGGAGUACUUCAGGAGGAGAUUCAGACAUAAAGAGAUGGCCAGCAAAAUCAUCACCCAGAUCAGGGCCUCACAAAGCCUGCACACCAUGUGCCGCAUCCCAGUUUUCUGCUGGAUUACUGCAUCAGUUUUGGAGAGCAUGUUGAAAACCAGUGACAAAGGGAAGCUUCCCAAGACCCUGACUGAGAUGUACACACACCUCUUGGUUGUUCAGUCCAAACAGGCAAAUGUUAAAUACCAUGAAGGAGCUGAAACAGAUCCACCUUGGACCACCAAGACCAGCAAGAUGAUUGUCGCAUUGGGAAAACUGGCUUUUGAGCAGUUUCAGAAAGGCAACUUAAUCUUCCGUGAAGCAGAUCUUCUAGAUUGUGGUAUUAACAUCAGAGAUGCCUCAGAAUAUGCCGAAGUUUUCACACAGAUCUUUAAAAAAGAGCGUGGGCUAAAUCAGGACCAAAGUUUCUGCUUUGUCCAUUCAAGCUGCCAAAUGUUUAUGGCUGCUGUUUAUGUCUUCGUGUCAUUCAUCAACUCUGGUGUCAACCUUUUGUUGGAGGAAAAAUCAACCUCUCUUAUCACAGACAGAUCUGCAGUACACCAUCUCUACCAGAGUGCAGUCGACAAGGCUUUACAGAGUCCUGAUGAACACUUGGACUUGUUCUUUCGCUUCCUCGUGGGCCUCUCACUGCAGACCAAUCAAACACUCCUUCAAGACCUAUUGAAACAAUUGGGAAGUAGCCUACAAAGCAUUCAGGAAACAGUCCGGUACAUCAAAAUGAAGAUCAAGGAGAAUCCCUCUCCAGAGAGAUGCUUUAAUCUGUUUCACUGUCUGAAUGAGAUGAAGGAUGAUUCUCUAGUGGAGGAGAUCCAACAGUACCUGAGUUCAAGAAGUAUGUCCACAUACAAACUCUCUCCUACUCAAUGGUCAGAUCUGGUUUUCAUCCUACUAUCAUCAGAGAGUGAGUUGGACGUGUUUGACCUGAAGAAAUUCUCAGCUUCAGAGGAAAGUCUUCUGAGGUUGCUACCAGUGGUUCAAGCCUCCAGUCUAUCUCUGUUAAUUGGCUGUAUGCUGUCUGAGAAAAGCUGUAAAGCUCUGGCUUCAGUUUUCAGUUCCUUGACCUCUAAUCUGAGAGAGCUGGACCUGAGUUACAACAGUCAGAAAAUUACAGGAGUCCGGGAGCUUGUAGGUGGUUUGAAGAAUCCACAAUGUAGACUGAAAACUCUCAAGCUGAUUGGCUGUGGUCUUUCAUCUGCUAGCUGUGAAGCUUUGUCUUCAGCCCUCAGUUCCCAGUCCUCCAGUCUUACAGAGCUGGAUUUGAGUAUCAAUGACCUGGAGGACACAGGAGUGAUACGGCUCUCUGCUGGAUUGCAGGGUCCAUACUGCAGACUUGAAACUCUCAGGUUGAUUAGUUGUGGGCUGACGUGGAAAGGCUGUGAUGCUGUGGCCUUUUUUGUUAGUUCCCCAUCCUCCUGUCUGAGACAGCUUGACCUGUGUAUGAAUAACCUAGAGGAUUCUGGAGUGAUGGUGUUCAGUGCUGGACUGGAGAGUCCUCACUGUAAACUUGAAACUCUCAGAGUACGUAGUUGUUAUCUGUUGGAAAAAAGCUGUGAGACUCUGGCCCCAGUUCUCUCUUCCCAGACCUCCAGCUUGAGAGAGCUGGACUUGAGUAACAACUAUUUGCAAGAUUCAGGGGUGAAGUUCCUCUCUACUGGACUGAGCAGUCCACAUUGUAACCUGGAAGCUCUCAGGCUGAGUGGCUGUAAGCUGUCAGAGAAAAGCUGUGAGGCUCUGACCCCAGUUCUCAGCUCCCAGACCUCUAGUCUGGGAGAGCUUGACCUGAGUAACAACGACGUGCAGGAUUCAGGCGUGAAGCUGCUCUCUGCCGGACUUGAGAGUACUAAAUGCAGACUGGAGACCCUCAGGUUGUCAGGAUGUCAGGUCACAGGGGAAGGCUGUGGUUCUUUGGUCUCAGCUCUGAGCUCCAACCCCUCCCAUCUGAGAGAGCUGGACCUGAGCUACAAUCAUCCAGGAGACUCGGGAGUGACCCUGCUUUCUGCUGGACUGGAGGAUCCACAGUGGAGAUUGGACACUCUCAGAGUGGACCAUGGUGGAGAGCAGAGGUUAAAAUCUAAUCUGUGGAAGUAUGCCUGUGAACUCACACUGGACCCAAACACAGCUCACAGAAAACUCAUCUUGUCUGAGAACAACAGACAGGUGAAAUUUGUGAGUGAGGAACAGCCAUAUCGCUAUCACCCAGAGAGAUUUGAUUCCCUCACACAGCUGCUCUGUAGUAAUGGUCUGACUGGUCGCUGUUACUGGGAAUUUCAGAGGAAUGCUGAAUUCUAUGUGGCAGUGGCUUACCGAGGAAUAACCAGAAGAGGAAAUGGUAAUGAGUGCAGGUUUGGUGGAAAUGACAAGUCUUGGAGUCUAUACUACUAUCAGGGGGCAUAUCGUGCUUGGCAUAAUAACACAGAAACAAUGAUAUGUACCCCUAAAAACAGCACCAAGAGAGUGGCGGUGUAUCUGGACUGGUCAGCUGGCACUGUGUCCUUUUACAGCGUCUCAUCUGACACACUGAUUCACCUCUACACCUUCUACUCCCAAUUCACUGAACCCCUCUACCCUGGCUUUGGCUUUGAGAUUAGGCCUGCACCUGGUCUGACAAUUUACUGUAUUGGUUCCACAGUGUCUCUGCAUCAGCUAGAUGAGGAACAGCUUCAGAUGGAAGUUGGAGUUGGGAAUGAUGUCUUACAAAGGGGUAUAUCGUUCGAGUGUAGAAGUUCUAGCCAGGUUACCCACUGAUAGCAAUACCAGUUGAUAAAAAUGCAUUUUGCUGUAUUUUGCUCAUACUGUACAAACACUGUAGCAACAUGUCCACAGAUAGACACAAACCUAUAGGACUGUGACAUUAUAUGGUAGAGCCUUGAGUAUCUAUGAUCAGUAAUAUUAAGGAGAUCUCUUAAACUAAAUAGGAAUAAAAUUAUACAGUAGCUGUGCUGAUAUCAGUGGAGAGAUUUGAUGCUGAACAAUGAAUCAAUUGAUGUGCACUGUGUUCAAGUGCACAUGCAUUCUUGUGCAUUAGCAAGUUAGUAAGUUUGUAUAUACUAUGGUUAAUACUAUGAUAUAAAUAGCACCAAAAAUAUUUUGUUUUUGUUUCUCUGCAUUUAUUUUCUUGUUUUGUUUUUUAAUUGUGUGCUGAUGCCAGAGACAGCAAUGAUGUUCCUAACUAAAUUCAUGAAUACAUUUUAAAGAAUUGAAAAUUGAAUGAAAAAACUAUUCCUGACAUCACUAUGCCCCCUCAACUCUAACUCUGAAACUAUUACAGGUCUGUGGUCCACUCUCUCUCUUAUUUCUGAUUCUUUUAAAUAUUUUACAUUUUUAAUUACAAAAUCUGUAGAGUUUACAAUGAGCUUACUUUAUCUAGCGUACUCACUACCUUCAUAUCGCUGGCUCUGACUAUGUUGCUGCCCUGGGCAACAUCUUUGCAGGCCCCAAAAAAGUGUAACAAUAGUACCUCUAGUCCUAGAACUUCAAAUAUAAAUUAAUGGACAGGCCCUCGCCCCCCCACGCACUGCCCCAAAACAGCGAAAAGUGCUGUACGUGCAUGUGGGUGCAUGCUGCAGUUGCAGGGCAGACACAGCGGGCACGUAGACUUCUUGGCACCCAGGUUUUUAUUGAACUUUGUGUGAUGGGGCUAACUCACACUGCCUGUGUCCACUAUGUGGCACUAGAGAUCACCCACCAAUUAUAUGUCAUGUUGUAGUGUGUGAUGUGGAGAACACAACCUGUAAAUUUCAUAACAUUUGGAUAAUGUUUGUCAUAUGAGGCUGACUUCCUGUGUCCAGUAGGUGGUAAUAUUGCCUUUGGUAAAAGUGAAUGCGGAGAAAAUAAAGAUGAAACACAUUAAAGGGCUGGCUCAUAUUUUCCUAGCUCAAUAGGGAAACACUGUCCGAGGAAACCCAAAGAAGGAAUUUGAUGCUAAAAAGACUGUUAAUGACUGUAAAUAAUGAAGAUAUUAAUUUGAUAUGACUCAGAAUGCUGAAACCUCAUAUAAGCUUCACAUCUACUUUUAAAUGACUGUGUGGACACACUGUGGAUUUUGCCCCCCAUCACCUACACUGAAUGUACAUUUGAAGGAGAUUUUUUAAUAGUCAGUAUGAACAAGAGGAAUGAUUACAGAGAACACCUCUUUUACUGUGGUAUGUCAAAAUUAAUUCGAAGUAUAUUGAAAGAUUG